AUGGAUUUAGAUUUCGAUGUACUAGAAGAUGAUGAAUUAGAUGCAUUUGAUCUAGUUGUAUAUGGAAUACCGCGAAACAUACAUAUACGUGCUAAUUAUUUUGAAAAAUAUGACGACUUAAAUUUUUUUAGAAGAUUUAGGUUACGAAAACAGUCUGUUAUUAAUAUAUUAGAACAAAUUCAAGAUCGCCUGGAGUACACCUUUUCUAGAAAUAAUCCAGUUACACCAAUGCAACAAUUGCUCAUUGCUCUACGUUUAUAUUCGACUAAUGGAUUUUUGAUAACAAUGGAUGAUUAUGGUGGAAUGGAUAAAUCUACAGUUUCAAGAAUAAUGGUGAGAUUGUCUGAGGCUAUAGCUUCAUUGGCAAACAUUUACAUAAAAUUACCACAAACACAAGAAGACAUUUUACGAACUCAGAGAAAUUUUUUUAAUAUUGCUGCAUUUCCAAAAGUAAUUGGUGUCAUUGAUUGCGGUGAUGAUGCAGAAGUUUUUAGAAACAGAAAAUCAUAUUUUUCCUUGAAUGUACAAGUUGUGGUAAAUGCAGAUAAUGAAAUAAUGGAUAUUGUAGCUCGAUGGCCCGGCUCUGUUCAUGAUUCAACAAUAUUUCAAAAUAGUAAUUUAAGAAUGCUUUUUGAAACAAAUCACUUUCACAAUUGCUUAUUAUUGGGUGAUAGUGCAUAUCCUACAAGACCUUACUUAUUUACACCAUUAUUAAAUCCUCAAGGCCCUGCUCAACAAUUAUAUAAUGAAUCACAUAUCAGAACAAGAACUAGAGUAGGACACACGUUUGGUCUUUGGAAACGUAGAUUUCCAAUAUUAGCAUAUGGAUCUCGUUUACAAAUCAAUACAGUAAUGACAAUAAUCAUAGCAACUGCCGUGUUGCAUAAUAUAGCACAACGUCAAGGGGAAGAUAUUCCUCCACCUGUUGAUGAAGAACUUAAUAUUUUAGAAAUUAUUGCACAUGAUCGUGUACCAGUUCCUCCUCAUCAUCAAAAUGACGCAGGCAAUGCAGGUCUACUAGCACACUAA